UCCACUUUCUCUCUCUAUAUCUUUCUCUGCAUGGCCACUUGGAAAUCCAAAUUUCAAAAUUAGGGCGCUUGAGAGAAGUAUAAUUAUCGGUGGGUGAUGGAAAGGCUGUCUCCAAGAUGUAAUUUCCGGGCAUUGAAGGGGGUAUUGUGGCUGGAAUUCAAGUUAAUCGAAGAGUGCUUGUAUUUUUGUUAAUUAACUGUGAAAUUGGUGUUAGGGUUUUUGUUUCGCAUGAAAGGCCCGUUAGAUCGAACAAAGGUGGUGCUGAGGCACUUGCCGCCGACGAUUUCUCAGUCAAACCUCUUCGACCAUGUCGAUUCUCGAUUUUCCGGUCGCUACCGUUGGUCCGCCUUUCGCCCUGGAAAAUCCAGCCAGAAGCAUCUGACAUAUUCUAGAGCUUACAUUGACUUCAACAGGCCAGAGGACGUACUCGAGUUUGCGGAGUUUUUUAAUGGUCAUGUUUUUGUUAACGAGAAAGGGACUCAGUUUAAAGCUAUUGUUGAGUAUGCCCCUUCACAGCGUGUUCCAAAGCAAUGGUCUAAGAAGGAUGGUCGUGAAGGGACUAUACUGAAAGAUCCUGAAUAUUUGGAGUUCCUUGAAUUUCUUGCAAAGCCUGUUGAGAAUCUUCCCAGUGCAGAAAUACAGUUGGAGAGAAAGGAAGCAGAACGAGCAGGUGCUCCAAAGGAUGUCCCAAUAGUUACUCCGUUAAUGGACUAUGUUCGUCAGAAAAGAGCUGCAAAGGGUGGAGCUCGGAGAACCAUGUUGAAUGGGAAGUCAACAAGAAGAGUCGGUGGAAUUUCAUCCAGGAGUCCUGUCUCAGGUUCUUCAAAACGAGGCUCAGAAAAGAGAAAGACUUCUACCAUGUAUGUCUUAAGGGACAGCUCCAAGGGUGCAAGUAGCAAGGAAAAACCAACUUAUCUACUGGUUCCUAAACAAGAUGACCAACAGCUCACUGAAAAGUCUGCCAAUUUAGCCGCUGUCUCCAGAACUGAUGCAUUGGAAUUGGAAAGUGGAGGUUCAGGAUCCACUGGAAUUGCAAAGAAGAAAAUCCUGCUUCUGAAAGGAAAAGAAAAGGAAAUUUCUAAUGUUUCUGGUGGUUCAUCACUGCAGCAGAAUGCAGCAACUCCUGCAAAAAGUUCACAGAGUUCAGCUCCUUCCAGGCAGAAUCAGCGACGUGAAACUAGUGGAAGGAUCAUCAGAAGCAUUCUUCUUAACAAAGAUAAUCGUCAAAAUCAACCAUUACCUGUGUCUCAAUCAGAACCUCGAAUCCAUAAUUCGAAUCAGGAAAGGGACAAAAAGCCUCCUCGAUCGCCAAGUAUACAGUUGCUUCAGAAGGAAACGAAUGGGAUUCCUGAGGAUAAGGUAGUCAGCAAUGAUUUGCAUGCUGUCCAUACUGAGAAGCAGGAUAGGCGGAUGAGAAACAAGGAUAGGCCUGAUCGUGGUGUCUGGACUCCUCUUCGGCGUUCAGAUGGGUCACAUGCAAGUGAUGACUCGUUAUCAUCAUCCGCUUCCCGAGCCUCCCAAGUGUUGGAUCCUGCAGAAGAUGUGAAAAAUGAGAUGCUGGUUGCUCGUGGUGGUGAGUACAGGCAGAUUGGAAGUGGUCGUGGCGGUCAUUACUCUGUUGACAAUGGUUCUUUUAGGCAUGGGCGCCGUAGUUCAGCUUAUAACAUCAAGGAUGUGGAUGGCUCUUCAGUUCUAGAGGGGAAACCCUCAAGACGAGGAGGUUCUUCUGGUUAUGGUCCCCACGAGAAACAAGUAUGGGUCCAAAAGUCCAGUUCUGGUUCAUAGUUUUGCUGUAUAUGAAAGCUGCCCUCAAGACUGCAAUGUUCUGAAUGGUGAUCUCACGGGGUGGUGAUUCUGCAGCGUAAUGCUUUGGUCAAUUACCAUAUUGAAGCAUACAGUUGAAGGUGGCUGGGAUUCUCUUCCUUGAUAUGAUCUCCGGUGUAUGGAGACCAACAAUGCUUGCUUGGAACGACUAUAGAGGCGCUUCAGUUUUUCCUGAGUGCUACAGAUACUGAUGUAUUUUACUGCUCAGCAGGACGGGAAAUAAUGGUCGGUUAUCGAACAAGGUCAGGAAUAGAUGCAAACAAGUUAAGAAAUUGAAUAUAGUCAACAUAUAACACCACCAUUUUCAUCGGUCUCCCUAUGAUGGGGUUAUACUCAGUCGCUCUCCAAUGCUUGCCAUUGAUUCUCUGGUUAUCGAAAUACUUUUCUUAGACAGAUGACUUCAUUUUGCUGAAAUGUAAAUACAAAUCUGGAAUGGUGUGUGCUGCUACCGUUAGUUACUAUGUUUGUUGAGCGGUUGGCCAUCUGGCUUUGGUGGGUAUACAAUUAUAAGCCCAGGUUAGUGCCAGGUGUUAGCUGCAAUCGGGUUUGUCAAAGAAGUUUGAAGUCGCUGCCAACUCAAAUUGUAAGUUUUUCUUUUUAGUUGAGUUGUAUGAUACUGAUCUGUGUGUAUCUUGGAGGUUUGAGGAAGUGGAAUUAGAGUUGGCAUUUAGGCAUUUGCCUUGGCCUGCUGUGGGUUGACUUGGACGGUAUAGAAUGAGCUUUUGAUGGCAUA